AUGGCUUUCUCUCCGGUCGUAGGUCCACAAGACUGGGCACGGCAGUAUGAACAGUGUAAUGGCAUCAGACAAUCUCCAGUACACGUCCACUCAGACUCCGUCAUACACAACCCUGAGCUGGGACAGUUCUUCUUCGGUGGUCAUGAAGAUAUACAUCGUCUUAAAGCCCGGAUGAUAAACAGCGGGAAAGCGGUCCAAGUAGAACUUAGUGGUACUCAGUAUAUUGAAGAUGGAGGACUCAAUGGUCGCUAUAUCGCCAUCCAGUUCCAUUUCCAUUGGGGCAGUGAAUCGUCACGUGGUUCAGAGCACGUACUGAACAUGCGCAGAUUCCCCAUGGAGCUCCACAUUGUCCAUUACGCUCAGAAGUAUGGUAACUUGAGUACGGCCAUCGGGAAAUCUGACGGUUUGGCUGUCCUCUCCUUUCUCUUUGAGACAACAGAGGAAGAAAAUCUCGAAUUUGACAGCCUGGCAUCUCAUUUAACAAAUAUCAGUGAGCCAGGUCAGUCAGUUGAGGUGGACGAGUUUUGUCUCAAGACCAUUUUUCCUGGGGACUUGAGGAAGUUUUAUCGGUAUUUGGGCAGUCUGACCACACCCCCUUGUCAGGAGAGCGUCAUCUGGACCAUAUUCUCAGACACCGUCAAGAUAUCCAAACGUCAGAUGAACAUGUUCCGCCACUUGAGAAGUGCCCCUUUGAGCGUUGUCUCUGCUCCUUCCGCUCAAGAAGCUGGCCAGGCCGAGUUUGUGAAGGACAUUUUCUUGGGCGAUAACUUCCGUCCUCUCCAAGAGCUGAACGGACGAGAGAUUUACUCCAGUGUAGAUCCUAAGUUGAUGAAACUGAAGCGACCAGGACGGUUUGAACGACCAGCCUUUGGAUCAUCCCACCAAGCUGGCCCAAAUAUGUUCUACAACACCAUGUCUACUUUAACAGCUAUUGUCUUACUACCAUUGUUACGGUUGUGA